AUGUCAUUUCGAGGAGAUGAUGAGACGUUACAUGUUGAGAAUAAUAGCCUAUUUUUACAAAUAGUGGAAAUGGUAAGUGAAUUUGAUUUAGUAAUGCAAGAGGACCUUCGGUGGGCUAAAGUAAGAGAGAUUCAAUAUAUGUAUCUUGGCAAAAAAAUUCAAAAUGAGUUAAUACAAUUGUUAGCUAAUCAGGUAAAUGACACAACAGGACUUGGACUUGCAACCGAGCUUCAAAAGGCUUUGAUAAAAAUUGAUCUCGAUAUUGAUGACAUUAGAGGGCAAGGGUAUGACAACGGAUCUAACAUGAGCGGGAAGCACAAAGGUGUGCAAAGAAGAGUCCAUGAAAUGAAUCCCUGA